GGUUCUUUAGGUCAUCGUCUCUGGGCUGCGGCUGCUGCAGAGUGCUGUGUAGCCUCGGUGGAAGGCUGCAUUGCGAUGUCUUGCCAGAUCAGCGUCCUAGUGAUCGGAGCUGGGAAUCGGGGGCAAAAUUAUGCUUCUUACGCUUUACAUUACCCUGCCCGCAUGAAGGUGAUCGGUGUGGCCGACCCUCGGGCGUUUGCGAGAAAGGCCCUCCAGGAAGCUCACAAGAUUGACAAAGAUAAUGUGUUUGACGACUGGCGACCGGCAGCGGAACGAGAGAAGUUUGCCGACGCUGUCAUUAUCGCAACCCCAGAUCGGCUCCAUAAGGCACCAGCGGUGGCUUUUGCGCAAAAGGGGUACCACAUCUUAUUGGAGAAGCCCAUGGCGGUAACCCCCGACGACUGUAAAGAAAUAGUCCGGGCAUCUAAAGCCAGCAACAUCAUCCUGGCCGUGUGUCACGUCCUGCGCUACUAUCCGGUUGCGCUGAAGAUCAAGGAGGUGCUGGACAGUAAGCUGAUCGGAGACAUCUGCCAUAUUCAGCAUCUGGAGCCUGUUGGAUUCUGGCAUUUCGCCCACUCUUUCGUCCGCGGGAACUGGAGGAACGAAGGGGAAAGUUCCUUCUCCUUGCUGGCCAAAUCGUGCCAUGACGUUGACCUCAUUAAUUUCUGGAUGGGGGGCAAAAGAUGCUUGAAAAUCUCCUCGUUUGGCAGUCUCUCUCAUUUCACAAAAGAGCACAAGCCCGAGGGAGCUGCUAGCCGGUGCCUAGACUGUUCGAUUGAGCAAACAUGUCCCUAUUCAGCCAGGAAAAUCUACUUAAAACUGGGAGAGGAGGGCUAUUUCCGCUGGCCGGUGUCCGUGGUGUGCAGUAAUGGUCAGUCUGAUAUAGAAUCACUGACUAAAGCGUUGAAGGAUGGCCCUUAUGGAAGGUGCGUUUACGACUGUGACAAUGAUGUGGUUAGUAACCAGGUUGUCAACAUGGAGUUUGAAGGAGGAGCAACAGCAGCUUUCACGAUGAUUGCAUUUACAGAGAAGCUGGGUGUGAGGAAAACCACCAUCUACGGAACAAAAGGGGAACUCAACUGUGAAGGCUCUGGACCUGUGGAAGUCUUUGAUUUUCUCCAACAAAAGAAAAUCAUCUUUUCUCCAGAGACGGUGCCCUGCGUACCAGAGUCCUUAGGAGCGCAUAAUGGUGCCGACUAUUACCUGAUACAGAGUUUCGUUUCGGCCGUAGCUGAGAACAAUCCUUUCCUAAUCCAGACAGGUGCCGAAGAGACUCUGAAUUCUCACCUCCUUGUCUUCGAGGCUGAGCGGUCCAGGAGAGAAAAACGGGUUGUGUUUCUUGAAACAUAAAUACAAGCUUUUGGACACCUUCAUCACCCAUGGCAAUGGUUGUGAUCAAAGGCAGAGGCGGCUCCAGUCCCAGGACAACCCCAGAAGAUUGCCAGUGCUAACAGUGGCCGAGGGCUCCCCAUAUACCCUUUCACAAAAACAUGGCCUUCUAGACCUUGCCGAAUAACUGCCAGCGUUUUCUAUGCAGGCUAAAGCAGAUGGGCAAGUAUGGGGUUCCUGGGUCAUCUCCAGAGUGACCCCCCAUUUGCCUCUGAAGAAGGAAAUGGUUAAACUCCUUGUGAGCUGCAAGGCAUUAUGGGACUGGUAGUUUUUUGCAAGGCACCCUUUGCAGAACCUAAUGGGCAGAGACUACCAGUACCCAAAUGCCUUGCAGUACAUCUCCAGAUGUUUUUAGUUUACAGAGGCCCAUGUGUAAGUGAUGAAAAACUUCUCCGUGGACUUAAGAUUGUCUGGGCGACGACUCCCAGAAUUCUACCUGGGAACAUUCCAGGCCAGUUCCGUGGGUUUUGGGACCAAAACAAACAAACACAAGCCCUGAAGCCCCAAGCCUGUGGAUGCAAACUGCAAAGCAGCCACUUCCAGAGGGCCAAGAAUGGCCUGUUCUGUGCUAAUAAGUGGCAAGAUUGUAUAUUUUGCUAUCGACAUCUAAAGCCCUGAAUGGUUUGAGACCUCAUGAUCUGGUGCUGUGCCUCUCCCAUCAUGUGCUCAAGGUGGCCACCCUGGGAAAAGGAUAAGAAAAC